AUGCUAUCCUACGCGUGUUUAUCUCUCGCGCUUCUUUUAAGUGCAAACGUAAAAGCACAUGGAGACGUUGACCCAGAUACUCCUGAUAACUACAUUUCCCAGCAUAUGGCGUCAGAGCACCAUAUAAAUGGUUUUGAUUUGGUUUCUUUUUUUAAGCUCCACGAUUUAGACAGAGAUAACCUCCUCACUGCUCCUGAAAUUGAAGCCAUUUACGGUUUACAUCAUUAUGAGUCCACUGGUAACUCAGUCUCUGAUAAAGAGCACGAUAUCAAAGUCAAUCAGGUCGUCAAUCGUGUUCUUGAGUCGCUUGAUGAUAAUAAUGACGGUGUAAUUACCCUCCGUGAGUUUAAAAACGGCGGUGAUAACGGUUUGCCUUCAUUCCCCGAGCUGGGUGGCUUAGGACAUCAUUAUGAUGAGGAAAGCGAAUACUUUAUCCACCACGAGGAAAAGUAUCACGCAACUCCUGAAACUCAGACAGAUGAAUCUUACAACCACCCAGAGGACCUUAAGCACUUUGCUCACCACGAUCAAAUCGACAAAGACGAGGAUAGCAGGGAUGCUCAGUUCCUCAAGUCAGAAUCACUCGACCAUGACGCACACGACGAUGGAAUUCAGCACAUCAAAGACGAUAGCGGCAAUGAGCCUCAGUUGCUUAAAAACGAUAUACCCCAAGAUGUCCAGAAUCAUGAUAAACCGUUUGAACCCCUCGGCACGGUCACCGGUGCCGAUAAUCUAAACAAGAUGCACCAACUAGUCAAACAGGCCAAAAAUUCCGGUCAAUCGAGAUGGGGAGAUGGUUCCAACGGAUAUGCCCAGCCAAAAACACACGCAGACAAGGCUUCUCGGAAAAAUUUGCCUUAUAAAUAUAGAUUAUCGAGGCCAUACAACCGCGAGCUGUGA